AGUACGUAUCGAGAGCACAUCGGCCAUCGCGGCAUCGAAUCGAAACCAUGCUCGGCGCUGUCACUCGUCUCGCGGUCGCCCGCGCGUCCUCUUCCGCGGUCCGCCGCCAUGUACUUCGCCGCCCCGCCAUGGCGCGCAUGUUUGCCUCGGAGGGCAACGACAGCGUGCCAUCCAACACGUCGCGCUUCUUGAAGCUGGUCGACCAGAUUGAGGAAGACGACGCGGUCGAGCUCGACGACGGUGACGAGGUGGUGACCGAAGUCGACCCGCAGGACGAAUUCUUUGUCGACUUGAAUCCAGGCGGCGUGGGCCUGAGCGAGCGCGACGACAAGCGCAUCUUCGACCUCUAUAUGGAGAACCCGCUGAUCAACACGAUCAAGAAGCUCUCGACUGACAACCGCGUGUCGGUCGAGCGCAUCGAAGCCACGAUUGUCUUCCAGGGUCUCGAGCGUGGCCUUACGAUCGAAGAGCUCCGCGAGAAGGUGUUUGCCUUGAAGGAAGCCAAGGCGAAGGACCAAGCGAUGCCAGUGACAGAGGCGGCGGGCUCGAAGGCCAAGGUCCACGGCCGCAACAAGUCGAUUGAAGAACUCGCAUUGGAAGACUGUGACCAUGGCAAGAGCGACGAAGACAUGACGGAAGCCGACUUUAUGACGAACGAAGAGUGGGAAGAGUACAACAAGGAAGACAAGAUUCGUGAGCCCGACUUCAUCUACCUCAGCGACGAACAUGACGAGCUGCCACCGCUGCACCGCCAAUAUGGCAAGCGCAAUUUGUCGGACCAGCUCUCGGUCGCCGAGGCCAAGGCGCUGCAGAUUGGCGCCAUGAAGAACAGGGUGACUCUGCUUCCGAGCUUUGCCAAGUCGCUCAACCCGACGGGCAAGUGGAAGAUCGCGAUCAAGGAUAUCUCAACGAAGCGGUCACCGCUGUACAUGCGCGACACGGACGGGACGCUGCGCCUUGCGACCGAUGACGAAGUCGUCAAGCGCUCGUGGGUGAAGCGCCCGUCGUACUUCCAGGGCAUUGAAAAGUUCGUCUACUAAGAUGUUACCUCCUGUAUACCUAUAAAAGCUUGGUUGGCACGUAUUCCUCUAACCG